CAACCAUGAAGAUCGCAGUUGUCGGGUCUGGCGUCUCUGGAUUGGGCGCUACUUGGCUGCUCAACGAGUACUCACCUCACGAGGUGCAUCUAUAUGAGUCAGAGGCCCGACCUGGCGGCCAUGCGAAUACCGUCCGUUUUCGAAGGCAAGGUCAGGACGCGAGUGAGGGCGUGGAUGUGGACACCGGAUUCAUUGUGUUCAACCCCACGACAUACCCGAACUUCUUGCGCUUCCUGCAAAUGCAGCCCGACAUCACCAUCUUACCCACCGAGAUGACGUUCAGCGUCUCUCGGGAUAACGGCGCUUUCGAGUGGGCAGGAAACAAUAUAUUCUCUGUCUUCUGUCAGCCCAAGCGGCUGCUCGACCCGGAUAUGUGGCGCCUCUUGUACGAUGUUCUGCGCUUCAACGCCUCCGCGCGACGGAUUCUAUCAGACCAUUCCGUGUCCGAUGAUAUGUCUGUCGGCGAUUAUCUCGAGCGUGAAGCCUACUCUGACUCGUUCAGGGAUAACUACUUGAUCCCCAUGACCGCUGCAAUCUGGAGCACACCACCGGACGAGUGUGCCACCGACUUCCCUGCACGGACGCUGAUUCGCUUCAUGCGAAACCAUCAUCUUCUGCAAAUCACGGGAAAGCCCAAGUGGCUCACCAUCAAGGGCGGCAGCAUAAACUACGUCGACAAGAUCCUCUCUAGGCUCCCCUCCAGCCAGCUGCACCUCUCCACGCCGGUUCAGAGCGUCAAAACCUUGCCCAACUCGCGCGUCCAGUUGCGCACCGCCAACGGCACAACAGAGAUAUACGACCGGGUCAUCAUGUCUUGCCACUCGGAUACUGCUCUGCGGAUUCUGGAAGCAGGAGGUCCUGCGCUCGGCGGGGGGAUCACGUCGAGGGAGCGCGAUUUGCUCGGCACGUUCAAGUGGAAUAAGAACGAGUGUAUCCUGCACCAUGAUGAGCGGCUGAUGCCGAAGAGCAAGUUAGCGUGGUCGUGCUGGAACUACCUGACGACCUCCACCAUUGAUGCAGACGGCCAGCGUCUCCCCAACGAGCCGCGGAUAUCACUGACAGACGGCAUGAACGACCUCCAGCACAUCUCAUACGCAAAGCACGGCCCCGUCCUCAUCACGCUCAACGCACCCUUCGAGCCCGCACCUGACAAGAUCGUAGGUCGAUGGAAGUACGAGCACCCCAUUCUCGAUGCGAAGGCCGUCCGUGCCCAAAAGCUCCUCAAGCUCAUCCAGGGAACGCGUUCCAUCUGGUACGCCGGCGCCUACACCAAGUACGGCUUCCACGAAGACGGGUUCGCGUCCGGACUUGCCGCUGCGAUGGCGGCCGUUGAGGGAGAUUCGCCAGCUCUCCCUCCGUUCCCCAUCGUGACGGAUAUCGACGAACACCUGCAGCGCGUGCCCGGAGAGUGGCCGAUGCUGGUUGCGCUUGUUGGCCUGAUGUUCAGGAUUAUGCAGUGGGUGGGCCUCCCCGGGAUUGUGGCGCAAGUUGCGUGUCCGGUGCUGGCGUUCAUGCGUUCGGCGCUUGGGAUUAGCUUGGACGAGACGUCCCCUCGGGCGAAGGAGGAUUGAGGGCGAAGCUUGACGAGUAGACUCACCUAUUGUCUUGUAAUGUAAAAGCCGCGUACAGCGGCCUUCAAGCUCCAGCUAGUUCUGACAAUCACUGAAUUGCAGAAAAAGGAUAGCGCAGCAAAAACUGUAAAUACAAUGAAGUGACCCUCU